UACAAGCUAUAGGCUAGGUUAAGUUUAUGCUGGUUUAUGUUUCACGGAUAAUAACAUCUUUGUGUAUGAAAUUCUGCCGAUAUGUUUUAUUUAUUUCUUCUAUUGUUGAUAUUGAUUGUAGACUAUCAAGUAUCUUGCCUGAAUUCGUUUCUUUACAUGAGUAUUCACAACAGCGGCUUUCACAGAGAAAUUCAUUACACACUGAAAUUUGGUGGACUAGGCAAGCUGUCCUGCGAGUUGCUUCUGUUGCAAAAUCUCCCAUCUGCUGUGUAUGUUGAUACGGAUCAAUUGACAAACAUGAAAAAAUUUAAAAAAAUCAACAGCUACGUCCCAUUGUACGUUGAUGUUGAAAACCCCACGAGCAAAUCAAGUCCCUUCUCGAUAUAUAUUUUCGAGAAUUCGCGAAAAGAGGUUAACAUUACUCUUCCCAUUCAUUUCCGGUACCACGAUCCUUCUGAAAAGAAAUUUGAGCGUAUUCAAAUUGAAAGUCCGUCACUUUUCGUUCAAUGUCGUGGAAGCAACAGUAGAAGCUCAUUGAAGUUUAAAGGAACCUCCCGGCAUCCAUGCUCAAGCAGUUCUCAGAUCUACGAUUACGACAAACUUAGUCAAGCCGAGCACUGUGAUUGGCAGGAGUUGGAGUUUAGUAAUAUUCCUACUAUCAUCAGUGUCCUUAUUCCAGUGGGAAAUAGCACAUCGUACAAGUUUGUCUUACCGGCUACGAUAUUAAUCAGCUGGAUUGGUAGUAUGUAUCUUAUUUACAUUAUCAUUAAAUCAGGUAAGCGCGUUAACAAAAAGCUUUUAUAAUAAAAAAAACUUUUAUAAAG